CCUUCAUAUACAAAUCAACAAGCUUGAAGUUUGGCCACAAUAAUUGACCACAACGAUCACUUACAAUUAUCUUCAAAAGUACAAUUCUCUACACUUAUGGUUUUGUGGGUUCUUCUUCUUCUUCCCCACCAACUUGCCGUCUAACCAAGCCAUCAGCCAGCCCCCACUUGGUGACUGGACCGAGCAGAGAAGACCCAUCCAUCCAUGGAAAAAGGGAUCAAAAUGAUGCUUUCUUUCACUCUUACAUCCUCAUUUCACUCUUUUCACUAUAAAUAUGCCAAUAUUUACUUCUCUCAAUCAAUCCAACUCCAAGUAUAACACACUCAUUCUUUUCCUUUCCUUUCCUUUCUCUCCUUAAAAUUAACUGGUGAAGAAACAACUGAUGGGCAGAGCAUUUGCAGACCCACUAUUGGUUGGCAGAGUGAUAGGAGAUGUAACAGAUAGCUUCAUCCCUAGUGUGAAGAUGAAAGUCACUUACAACAACUACACAAAGCAAGUCUUCAAUGGCCAUGAGCUCUUCCCUUCUGCUGUCACUCUUAAGCCAAAAGUUGAAGUCCUUGGUGGUGACCUCAGAUCCUUUUUCACCCUGGUGAUGACAGACCCAGAUGUCCCUGGGCCAAGUGACCCUUACCUGAGAGAACACUUGCACUGGGUAGUCACUGAUAUCCCAGGCACUACAGAUGCAACAUUUGGGAGGGAAGUGGUGAGCUAUGAGAUGCCAAGGCCAAACAUAGGGAUCCACAGGUAUGUGUUCCUGCUGUUCAAGCAGAAGAGAAGAGGCCAAACCCCAUUACUUGUUCUGAAUUCGACGACGAUAAGGGACAACUUCAAGAGCAGGAAGUUUGCAGCAGACAAUGAGCUUGGCCUCCCAGUUGCUGCACUUUUCUUCAAUUCCCAGAGGGAAACUGCUGCCAGGAGGAGGCACUAAAACUAAUGUACCCUUAAUUAUAAGACAACCCUACCCUACAAAAUAAUUGUACGUACAUUAUAAGGUACUACCAUGUAAUAAUUAUAGCUAGCAAAGCUGGAUGCGGGGAAGGAUAAGGAUGGGAACAACCAAGUUGGCUCUGAUGAAGAUGGUAGGGCAGCAGCAACAGUUCUGCAAUCUGCAGAAGUAGUCAUUCAAAAUCACAGGCUGGAUGGAUUAAUCUGAUAUUUGUUGUUGUUGGUUUAUGUGUACGGUGAGCUGCUAUAGCUAUAUUUUUUUACUGGACCUCGACUUUAUCGUGAUAUCAGUGCACCAUGUAUACAAUCUACCCUGGAUUUACGAAAUAUAUGAUAUCUUCGAGAUUUUAUGCUGAAAUUAUGUGAGUCUCAUCAUGUAUUCAUGCA